CUGUUAAGCUUCCUCACGUGCCUCACACGUGAGGGUAAUGUCGUCAUUUCAUAUAUUAGGGAUCAUUUUUCCAUAAACGUUUUUUGGAUUAAUUGAUAUUUACCCCUCAUUUACUUUCCCCAACAUUCGUCAACUCCCCAACUCCCUCCUUCUUGCUUCUGCUGCAUUGAACCUGCAAAAAACCCUCGUUGCUUAUCCAAACAAGAUAAUCAACACUACACAUACAAGGGCAUAUGUUUAAUACAAAAUGGUGUUCGUAAUGUGGCACAUCAGACCAAAACACGAAGUUGUUGAUGUAUCAAUUGUAUAUGCUAGUGCACCCACAUGGUUUAGUAUUAAGCUUCAUCACGGUGAGAAAUUUACUAAGUUACCUGAUAUAAAGUACAUAGGAGGUGAAGUGCGUUAUGUUGAUUAUGUGGACAUUGAUGAGUUUUCUGUGCAUGAACUUGAUGCCAUAAUUCUUGAGCUAGGUUACCCAGACCCACGGAUGAUUGAAUUGACCGAUGAAUCCCCAGUGAUAUACUACCAUUUCAGGAUACCCAAUGGUGACUUUCAAUUUGGUCUUAGAGCUUUAGGGAAUGAUCAGGAUGUGAUCAACCUUUCUAAAUACAUUGCACAUAACAAGCUGAUUGAGGUGUACAUAGAGCAUGGAAAGAUAAAUUUAAUGACUUACUUCAUGUCACCAAAUGCAAAGGGUAAAGUUGUCAUUGAGGAAUUACCAGAAAAUGAUGAUCAAGGGGCUGAAGUUGAGGGUCAAGUUCAUGCAGAUUCUCCAAUGAAAAAUGUGAACCAUAGUAAUGGUGAGCCUAUUGGUGAGUUCAUGUCUCUGAUUCUUUUUGGGAGUAAGAAUGAUAGUUUCUCACCAGAGUAUAGAAGGGGUAGGUUUGGGAAUUCCAAUAUAGGUGAAAGUUCUUGUAGCAAGAGGCUUAAUUUAGAUUAUAUUGAUGAGGGUGUUCACAUUUCAAAGGAAAAGAAUGAUGAUCAGGAUGGUUCAACUGAUGUUCAGGAGGCAACAACUUGUGUUCUUAUUGAUGAUAUGGAUGGUGUUAGGGAGGCUGCAACUACUGUUCAACAUGCAUCAACUAUUGAUGAAGGAUGCUACAACACCCCCCAUGUUAAUAAUGCUGAUGAACAAUUGAAUGAGUUAUUUGAUAACCAUGUGGAAAAUUUGAUUGGGAGUGAUGAUGAUGAUAAUGUAGAGUAUGAAGGUGAUGGAGAAUCUGAAGAGGGUAAUCAAGAGUAUGAAGAGGAUGAUGAAUCUCAAGAAAGUGAUCCAAAUUUUGAAGAGUAUGAUGAAUCUGAAAAUAGUGAUCCAGGGUAUGAAGAAGAUGAGAGAAAAAUAGAAGAUGAAGAUCAUAUGGAUGACAUAAUGGAUGUUGACAACAAUAUACAAGAUGUGGAUGUGGACAUGGGAGACUUCACUCUCAAUGUUGAAAGUGAUAUGGAAGGUUCUUUUAUAAAUGUUGUUCAUGGGCAUGAACCUGAAGAUAUGGAAGUAAUCAACAAUGAGAAAUUUGAAUCUUUGGAUGAAGGAUCUAACUAA